UGCCGAUUGGUGCCGUCGUACCAUGCCAUGGCCCGGGUGAAGCCAUUGGCGCUGGCCGGACGAUGGCAGGGCAGCGAAGGCGAAUACGUCGCGACGAUCAAAGGCUCCAAGAUCAUUUGGCCCGACCAGUCCCAGAAGGAAUUUCACAUCCAAGGUGAAUCGGGUGAAGGUGAGGGGUUGCUGUUGACCUUCGAGUUGAACGGCCAAGACUACGCGGCCAAAGUCGUGGAAGAUCGCUUGGAGUUCAACGAUGGCGACGUUUGGCUGAGGGCUCCCAAAAAGCCAUCAGCUCCGCGGAAGCGGAAAGCUGUAGAGGACAGCGGAGUUCGGAGGUUCAAGGUGACAUCCGCCAACAAAGUGGGCAUUCUGCCCAAGCCUGACAUCGAAGCAGAGGUGAAAGACUACCUGAAACCUGGAACGGUGUUUGAAGCCUCGGAAGAAUGGGUCGAUCCGCGUGACGACCGAAAGUUCUUCUUUCUGGAAUCACAUCAUGGCUGGGUACCCGAGUGUUCACGAAAGGACAUCGCCAAGGUCGUCGUGGCGGAACACCUCACCGCUGCCCAAAAGCGCGCCCGAGAGGCCCGGGCAGCGAAAGCCGCGGAGGCAGCGGAGGCAGCGAAGGCGGCCACCGAGGAAGCGAAGGAGAAGGCCGAGGACGGCACCGCCGCCGCCGACGAUGCCGAUGCCGAUGCCGACGCCGCCGACGCCGCCGAUCCGGAGGCCGCGGACCAAGCGGCGUCGCCCAAGGCGUCACCGCGCGGGGUGACGGCGGUGCUGGCGAAGGCCAAGGCAGCGCGACUGGCCAAGGCCAAGGCGAAGGCUGCGAAGGCUGCGAAGGUCGAUGCGCCGUUGUCCAAGGAGGAACUCAAAGAGAAGGUCCUCCAAGCAGUGGCCGACGUGGCCGUGGAGUCGGAUCUGUUGGACACGGCGGAAGCUCUGGUGACCGAAGGACAUCUUCCCAACGAGCUGACGGAGCAGUUCAGCCAGGUGAUGAAGCUGACCACGGCGAAACUGAAGUCGUUGCUCCGUGGCGCCUGGUUACCACCCGAGGGCUCCCGGCAACAGGUGGCCAUUCGACUUCUGAGAUACCAAGCCAACUGGGGUCCAGCACCGGAGGAUGUGACCCUCUUCGAACAAGCGGGUCUGGCUUGCGCUCCCAUGCGGCGGAUGCACGGGAAGCACAAGGCCCCGGUGCUUCCUUCAAAGCCACCUGAGCCCGUGAAGGCACCAACGCCAGCCGUCAAGCGACCGGCUCCAUCUGGGAAGGCCAAGGCCAAGGCCAAAGCGAAGGCCAAGGUGAAGAAAACAGCUGAGAAAGCACCACCUGUGGAGGAACUCCUGUCUAGUGGAAAACUUCCAGAAGAUGCAGUUGAUAGAUAUGAAGGUCUAUGCGCUGCAACUCUGGAUGAUUUGAAGCAAAUGACAGAUGACCUUUGGCUUCCAAAUCAUGGCAAGGUCCAUGAAUUAGCCUUGCGGAUCACACGAUCACUGGCAGGUUUGGAACCCUUGGAUGAGCCAAUGGAUGAUCCGGUGGAUGAUCCGGUGGAUGAUCCGCCUCAGCCCAGCUCCCCCAAAAAACCCGCACCGAAGCGAAAGCUCCGAGCGGGCAAAAUGGGCGCGGCCUCACGCCUCCGCGUGGGUCGUGGUCGUGGCCGGGGGCGCAGUGCUGGUGCUGGCCCCAAACGUCGUGCUGCUCGGCCUUCAGGUCUUGGUGCCCCGAGCAAAGGUAGCAAAGGUAGCAAGCCUCAAGGACCAGGCAAAAAGAAGAUGCGACUUUUUCUCACGAACUUCUUGCAGGACGUGGACAUUCAAACCACGACUUUUGGCCAACUCCGGGCUGCUGCCACCGAACAUUUCGGUGAGUUGUCUGAGGAGGCCAUCGCUUCGCUGUCCGACGUGGCAGCCGUGGCCAUGCGGAAGCAGCUGGGUGUGCGCAAGGCGACUGCACCUGAGGCGCCACCCGCGGCACCAGAGGCGCCUGAGGCGCCAGAGGCGCCUGAGGCAGCGGAGCCGGAGCCGUCCGGGGAGGCCGUGGCGUCGCCCACAGAGGAGAUGGAGCCAGAACCGCCUGAGGAGCCCAAAGAUGAGAAAGACAAGGAAGCUUCUGAAGCCAAAGAGGCCAAGCCUGCGGCAGAAGCCAAGCCUUUGGGCCCUGAGGCCAAAGAGAAGGGCGACGAAAAGAAGGACGGAAGUGACUCCGAUUCGGACUCGGACUCGGUGUCCAUCUCUCCAAUGGACAUGGCCGCCUUGCAAACUCCCGGCUCCCCGCUGCCCCCACGCAGUCCGGCCGUGCGGCCCCGCUCGCCCAGAGCACCCCGGGCACCAAAGGUGAAGGCUCCGAAAGCGCCCAAGGUGAAGGCGCCCAAAGCUGAUCAAACUGAGAAAACUGAUGCAACUGGAACUGCAGUUGCCAAGCCAAAAUCCAACAAAAGGACACCCCUCUUCAGUCAAGUUGGACGAUUGAAGGUGAAGAAAGAUGGAACGAAAGUGGCUGAAGCACAACCAACAGUUCAGAUACACCAAGCCCCCAGCCCCGAGCAGAAGCCCAGCGUGCCCAGUUCGUUUCAUUUUGUGUCAGUGACUGGGCAGAAGCUGGAUGAUACCCUGUUGAAAGAUGUCGUGAAAGAAAGAGAGGAGGAGAUGAAACUCCGAGAGCAAAACAGAUCCAAUAAGAUGAUCUUGGCUGGAAUCGAGGGCACCUUGUCCAAAUUUGUCCAGCACUGCAUCGUGCAGAAGGAGAAGCAUCACGUUUUGUUGAAGAAUGGCUACUUGAGUUGCAGAAUCCGAGUUCCGAAGCAGUUCGUGAACCAAUCCUUGAAAGUUGAACUCCUGAAGCUGGUUGAGAGCCUUGGUGCCAGCUUGGUUGCUGACAAGGAGCAUACCAAGGCCGGGAAGGAUGCCCAGGAUGCCACGGGCUCUCCAGGUGCGGCAGACUCCGCGCCGAGUGCGGCUGUGUCUGACACCAAUGGUCCCCCCGAAGCUUUGCAGAUGGAGAAGGACCAGAAGGAGGAGGAAACCAAGGAAACAGACACAGCAGCGGAACCCGAGGAGGAAGCAGUGAAAGCAGCGGACACAGAAAGGAAGGAAGAAACCAAAGAAGAAACCAAAGAAGAAACCCAGGAGGCAGGCGAAGCCAAAGACGUAAGCCCUAAAAGCAAAGGCCUCAAAAACAAGAAGCGAAGUAAGGACGCCAAAGCUGAUGCAGCUCACGCUCCAGCCGCUCCAGCUAAGCCUGCUACCUUGGCUGCCGUGGUGCAAGAUGGUUAUGUCCCCAAGACGCCUGGUCCCAUGGCACCGGUCCCUGCUACGCCGGCCUUCGCUACAGCCCCUCCUCCUCGCAGCACCAUGACGUCGGUGCGGAAGUGGAUCAUCAAGCUCCCUCCCAAGGCCUUGCAGAAUUACUUGUGGAAGCAUCCCGCUCUCCUGGAUGUCACCGACAAGAAACUGCUGAAAUUCACCGAAAGCUGCCUCGAACGCGUCGACAUGUUGGAGUUUAAGGUCAAGGACUUCUUCGAGAAUGCUCAGCGCCGUUACGGUGAACAGUUCGAGGAACGAAAGGCGCGGACCAUGCGACAGCUGACGGAAGCGCUGAAGCAGAAGGUGGAGGAUGAUGAGAGGAACAAGAAGAAGGUCAGCAAAAGCCUGGAAGCUCAAAAGGAGAAGAAGAUGGGUGCUGGAACCAAAGUGGGGAAGGAGGACUCCGAUGUCAUCGUGUUGGAAGAUCAGGCGAUGGGAGGUGAUGAUGAGAUCCCAGCAGAUUUGAAAUGGGCCUUCCGAGUCCUUGCACCCUAUGGCCUCGAAGACUCCGGCGCUCUUCUGGUGAACCCUCCGGCCUCCCAGGCCUUGCCCUUGAUGAAGGGCCUGCGAGUGGUGUCCAGUUGGCCGGACUUGCAGAAGAAGUUGCAAGCGACGCAGGUGGGCAAAGUGGUGAACUCCCUGCGACACCACAGUGACCCCAACGUGGCCGCUCUGGCGCGGGAGCUCGUGGCGAGUUUCAGGGUGGAGUGUCAGAAGCAAUGGAAGCAGCGCAAGGAGAUGAAAGCCACGGAGAAGCUGAACGACAGAACGAAUCAGAAAGCGAUCUCGGAAGAACAAAGCACGGAGAAUGACAAAACGAUGGAGAAUCAACAAGCGAUCUCGGAAGAGCAAACCGAACUGCAGGAUUUGGUCAGGAGGGCGGCGGCCGCAGACCCUGCAGACCCUGCAGACCCGGUCGACCCCCCUGCGGAACCGGCUGCGGAACCGGCUGCGGAACCGGCUGCGGAACCGGCGGCGCCAACAGAAGCGUCUCCUGAGGGCUGAGC